ACCCUACACUUGAAUGAAUACAAAUAAAAUGUUUUGAGGACAGACAUUCUCCAAAGGACUAAGUGCAUCCAGACAAAAUGUACACUGCAUGCUUUAACAAGAUGAAUCGUGCCUGCCACCCACAAGCUAUUUUCCACCUGCUGCCCACCUACAUUAACAAUAGUGAAGCAGAGCCCAGGACAAACACAAACAGACACAACAGAGUGCACAUGGUGGCCACGCUCUUCAGAUUAACCUUUAUCCUCCCCGAUGAGACCUGUUGUCUUUGCCCCGAGAGCUCUGCAUUCACCACAAUAUGGACACCACACGGAAACAAUUUAUUUCCGCUCACACCGAGACAAGGCUCCACGAUCACACCUAAAAGCUCUUGCAAGGCAAUUAAAUGUCUGUGGUGAAAUAAGUGUGUUUUUCCAAGUGGUGCACCGCAUUGGUUGCAAUUGGUUUGAGACAAUUUGUGGCAACGCUUCAUGCCACACCAUAUCAUCAACUUCAUUAUCACAUGAAACCAGUCUUUGUUAUUUUAAUGAGCACUUUAAGUGUUCACUUUACUUUCCCAUUGCAACUACAACAACACAACCCUGCAAUCAGGGAGAGGGAGAGACAGAUAGUGAGAAGGGGAGAGGAGACGAGGGGAUCGGGUUUCUCAGCCGCUCUGCACCCUAAUCCUGGAUUUGGUAACGAGAUGAGGAGAAUGCAGGUAAGGACAAACACAAGUAAUAACAACACUGACAUGGGAUUGGUAGGUGGGGGUGAGCAGCUCGAUAGGAAAUAGGGGGCCUCACAGGUAGAGAGAGGGGUGGUUAGUUGUUGGUGGGUGGCAUAUAAAUACCUGCAGUAGACAAGGGCGGCGAAAUGCUGAGGGUAUGAGAGACACCGGCCUACCUGCAUCUGUAGUAGAGAAAAAGAGACAGGGACAUGCAUCGUUAAUGAGAGAUAACACAAUCGUUGAGUAACAGUUUUGAGCAGAUAUUUCUGUGAUAGUAACUUCAACCUGAAGCUCAUAACUAAUCAUUUUCGAGAGUCUUGACUGAGGCUACAGAUGUGCCGCAAACCGUGCAGAGUUCUGGCUGACAUCUAUUUCCCUUUGAGGGAAAAAAAGGUACCCGUUUGCAGUUUUCUCACUGCAUAUUCCCAAGUGACUGAAGUGAGAGCUGUGCUUGGCUGAAUUAGGGAGAACGGGACACGAAAAGAAGACAAGACGCAGCGAGAAGGCAGAGCAAUAGAAGGCCAAAGAAGACAAGAGGAAGACAAAAGCCACCGAUAAGACGCACAGGAGGAAGAGGAAGAGGAAAGGAAGGGAUUCCAAGAGGACAAUAAAAGACACAGGACAAGGAAAGCAGCAAUGGCAGACAAGACUAAUUAAAGCAAGAGAAGGCAAAGCAAAGCAAAGAAACCACUUAAGAGUUCAAACGUCAGCGCACCAUUUGAGUGAGGCCAGAGAAGAAUGGCCUGCCAGGUAUUCGGCGCCGACUCUUUCACCCCACUUGCGGGAGAUUCACCCUUGCCAAUCCUCAUGCACCACACCUCUACCGGUGACUGCCUGGCAGCCAGCUCCCACGCUCACAGCAUGGUUUCUGCAGUAUCAUCUGGGCUGUCCCUGGGUCAGCACUCCAAGCGCUCCCACAUGCACCUGUCCACCUCCACCCUCGGGAACGCUCUUGGCAACGGCCCCCCGGGCCUACAUUACCCAGUCGCCCCCUGUCACUACAGCAACCAGCAGGCUACCUAUGGCAUGAUGGCAGCUCAGGAGAUGCUCUCUGCCAGCAUCUCUCAGACUCGUAUCCUGCAGACAUGUGGUGUACCUCACCCCAACAUGGUAGGCAGUGCAAAUCCAUUGCAAGGGUCUCUUACUCCUUGCUUGUACAAGUUUCCGGAUCAUGGUCUAAGUAGUGGUUCGUGUGCAAUAAGCCAUGGUUUCUCCUCACUUCCCCCGGUCCUCCUCUCCACUGAUGAGGUCCCUGGGGGCCAUAGUAUUGGAGAGAUGAAAACUGAUGGCCAAAGGAAGACCAUGCGGGACCCAGAAGAUGCCCCGGCCAUGGACUCCCCGCAGAUACGAGAGUUGGAGAUGUUUGCCAAUGACUUCAAAAUACGGAGGAUCAAACUGGGCUACACACAGACUAAUGUAGGUGAGGCUCUUGCUGCAGUGCACGGCUCAGAGUUCAGCCAGACCACAAUCUGCCGCUUUGAAAAUUUGCAGCUGAGCUUUAAGAAUGCCUGCAAACUCAAAGCUAUUCUGGCUAAAUGGCUCGACGAAGCUGAGCUGGCCGGUGCCUUGUACAAUGAUAAAAUAGGAAUGAAUGAGCGCAAGAGGAAAAGGAGAACAACUAUCAGCCUUGGAGCUAAGGAGGCCCUGGAGCACAGCUUUGUGGAAAAAAGUAAGCCAUCCUCCCAGGAAAUAGCCCGGAUAGCCAAAGGCCUCCAUCUGGAGAAGGAGGUUGUCAGAGUCUGGUUCUGCAACAGACGCCAAAGAGAGAAACGGGUCAAAACCAGUCUCAACCUCAGCUCCUGUUUGAACAAACUCGGUCCACACUGCAUUGCACAGAUGAGUAAAGCAUAAAGACCAAUGGCAUAGUUAUACGGUUCAGCUAGAGUUUCCGUUCACCUCCAGCCUGAUGGAGGCUCGCUCAUGAUCACAGCUAGUGAAAUAGUGUUAUCGUCAAAUCAAAAGUCUGACAGAAAUCAGAUAGGAAACAGAAAAACCCCCAAUAACAAAAGCUGUCCUCAUUCUGCAUCAAGCAGCUGCUGAUGCAUUUGAAACAAUUCAACUGAUUUAACAUUCAGAAUAUAACUUAUAAACGGUAAAAGCCAGUCUAACAUUCUGUAAGUUGAAACAUUGAAGAUAAAAGCUUUUCAUUUGCCUCAUAAGCUGGUUUGACGCAGCAGCUUCCGUGACCUGACAUUUGAAUACACUGAACCAUAGCUGUGCCUUCUUUGCUAUAUGUACACUGAAAGUUACUUACACAGACCAAAUACAAUCUAUCAGCACCAGAGUGCAGAUGAACACACAUAUAGAUCAGACCUGUGCCUUUAACAGAUGUUAGCUCAACUUUCGUUCUUUUAUUUUCAAGAAAGAAGGGAAACUUUAUUGUUGAUGAAAUGUUCCAACAUUUUACAUCUGCAUUUAACAGCUGGACUCUUUGUGUUGUAGUUGUAUUUGUUUGUGUAUUUGUGAUUAUUGUGAGCUGAUGUGUUAAUUACCUGUCUUAUAUGGAAAAUGUUGGUUUUAUUUAAAGUGAUAUAGCCAUGGUCAUAGUAAUAUAUUGAAAGUUUCACAACAACCUAUUUAUUUGAUACAUAAUAUAUUAUGUUGAACUACUUUUGCUGAGUACAACUUCUUUGAUUUAUGGUUAUGAAGUCAGGGAUAGAAAUGGAUCUGAGGUCUGCCAUUUCCCUCUUGUAAGAUAGACUUCAUUAUUCAUCUUUGUUGACGUUACGCUUUUGUUGUUGUUCCCUUGACAAAGUGUCAUACAAAGAAGAACAUCAGCCAGUCACGGCUCUGACCUGGUUGAGAUGACUGAUGUGAAAUGUCUUAAUAAACACAAAUUUCCUCUCA